AUGAAAGGGUCAUCAGACAGUAAACCUGAGCAUGUUAGUACAUCAGACAGUAAACAUGAGCAUGCUAGUACAUCAGACAGUAAAUCUGAGCUUGCUAAUACUACAGACAGUAAACCUGAGCAUGUUAAUACAUCAGACAGUGAACCUGAGCAUGUUAAUACAUCAGACAGUAAACCUGAGCAUAUUAAUACAGUAGACAGUAAACCUGAGCAUGUUAAUACAUCAGACAGUAAACCUGAGCAUGUCAGUACAUCAGACAGUGAACCUGAGCAUGUUAGUACAUCAGACAGUGAACCUGAGAAUGUUAAUACAUCAGACUGUGAACCUGAGCAUGUUAGUACAUCAGACAGCAAACCUGAGCUUGUUAAUACAUCAGACAGUGAACCUGAGCAUGUUAAUACAUCAGACAGUAAACAUGAGCAUGUUAAUACAUCAGACAGUAAACCCGAGCAUGUCAGUACAUCAGAAAGUAAACCCGAGCAUGUCAGUAAAUCAGACAGUAAACCUGAGCAUGUUAGUACAUCAGGCAGUAAACCUGAGCAUGUUAGUACAUCAGACAGUAAACCUGAGCAUGUUAGUACAUCAGACAGUGAACCUGAGCAUGUUAAUACAUCAGACAGUAAACCUGAGCAUGUUAGUACAUCAGACAGUGAACCUGGGCAUGUUAACACAUCAGACAGUAAACCUGAGCAUGUUAGUACAUCAGACAGUAAACCUGAGCAUGUUAGUACAUCAGACAGUAAACCUGAGCAUGUUAGUACAUCAGACAGUGAACCUGAGCAUGUUAAUACAUCAGACAGUAAAUUUGGGCAUGUUAGUACAUCAGACAGUAAACCUGAGCAUGUUAGUACAUCAGACAGUGAACCUGAGCAUGUUAGUACAUCAGACAGUAAAUCUCAGCAU